AUGUCUUACAACAGUAACAACACAGGAGGACACCCCGGCGACGCGACGCGGCCGAGAACCGGGCCGGGAGGGGCCUGCAGUGACCCGGCCGGGACGCCGGCGCCGACUGGACGGGCCCUGGGCGGGAUAAACGGGCGAGGGAGGGGCUCGGGCCCCGGCCCCCAGGGAAGGCAGGCGGGCGAGCCGCGCAGCAACCGCAGGAGGGGAAGGAAAGGGGCCGAGAGGGCCGGGGGCGGCGGCGGAGGGGGCGGGUACCGGGGGCCGGACGUUCUCCUCCUUCCCUCCUUCCCACCGCGGAAGCCUCGGGACAGCCGGAGUCCGCAACGCUUCUCCCCUCACCUCACACUGUCCCAGCAGCCGCAACCUCCGCAAUCGUCCAAGCCAUUUUUCACCUCAGCCGCCUCAGCAGCCUCGGCCGACAGUCCGCGGCCAGCCCAGGAGCCGCGCGUCACUUCCGGCUCGGGAAGGUCCACCUCCUGCGGCCGGCAGAGCCAUAUGAUUGGCUGGCGCAGCUGGCCUACCUGGGCCAGUGGGCGGGGCCGGGCGAGUCCGGUGAGGCUCCCGCCGGGGGAGACUAGUUACACCGGCUUGCGGAGCCGUGUUGCCGCGGUCCCUACUUACCCACCCCGAAGCCGGAGGUGUUCAUGCAUCUCCGCCUUCGAUUCGCUUGCGUUUCCGUGCCCCAGACGACCAGUCUACUCCUCUAGGCCCUCCUUGGCCCCAACUGCUGCCAGCUCCGACACACCCGAGAGGAAGGUCUCGGAGGAAUCCCUGUUUUGCUCCACUUCAUUGUUCAACUUUAUCUCCUGA